AGUGUCGCGUGUGUGUGCAAGGUGCUGAUUGUAGUGUUGUCGCGAAAUGCGAUGCGCGAAUUCGCAUUUCGCACGAGGUACGCGCAAUUAUAUAUCUGAUACCGCGAUAAUACUCGGAAAAACGCACAAUCCGCGUUUAAUAGCGGACGACGACGUGUGACCACCAACCGAGGAAUUCGUCGAUCGGUGCGACGCGCACUCUUCCCGCACGGCGUCAAAAACGUACGAGUUUUGCCGCACAGUGUUACGGUAACGUCGCCGUGAAACGCCAUUUUGUGAUCCCGCUGACGGAGACGUAAACAUCGGACUUUCCAAUUGGGAUUCAGCCGCGAACGGAAGGAUCAUUUCGUCGACACGCCGCCGAACCGAUCUCCCAGCACCUGGCCCGACGUUGGUCUCGCAAUUCUGACAAUCAACGCGGCGCGCCAACCGCCUCAUGUCCGAUUAACGCGACGACGUUUCGCGCCAAAUCCCCGUCUCGAGCAUCACGCACACCUGGCGGCAUAACACCUAGCGCGCGAGACGAAGAAACAGCUGUCGCGCGUUGCGUCGCCAAUCGCCUGAGCGACGUCAUCUCGCUCGUUCUCGCGACCGAACAACGCCGCUCAACCUCGGAGUCGUGGAGAUCUGCGAGCGAAUUCGAAUUAGCGAGCGAGCGAGCGAGAUUUUAUGUUUCGCAGCUAAAACUUGCGAAGAGUUACAGACUUCAAUUUCUGUGUGAAACAAUAUUGUAUUAAAAAAAAAAAAAAAAAAAAAAAAAAAAAAAAAAUAUGACAUUAGUUAUUAUUUAUAUAAAUGAAUAUUAUAUAUAAACUAAGCCCCGAAGAGAUGUGCUUUUUGGUAUCGUAAAGAAGCUUGAUGAGUGAACAAAAGUAUAAGGAAUGGUAUUCUAUUGGAUUCAGCUGGAUGUUAGAUAAGCUGAAAAAUGUCUGGUGACUCAGGAUGGAAUGCCGUUAUUCACCAUCCCUCAGAUUUAGAACUGCAAAACUGGAAUUGGGAAGAAAACGAUGGGGAGCAAGAGAAAGAGCUUCCCUCGACUGUUGACAUGGAUGCUAUAAAGGGUGGUGGUAGUUGGGAUCCUGCUACUGAGCCUCAUGGGACAGAUUCGAUUGAUUCCGAAGAAGAUUCUGAUUCCGACGACGAAAGCUCUGGUGGAAGCGAAGGCAGUUGCUCAUAUUCAGAUUCUAAUUCAGAGUCAGACGACGAAAGUAGUGGUGACGAAGAGGAUAGCGUAUCUAAUUCGGACUGCUCUUCGGAACAUAGCGAACAAACUUUUUCUAUUCAAGAAACCAACUUCGAACAAGGAGCAUUGAAAUUAAAAAUUACCAUGAAAGGUCCUAAAAAGGAGGAGGACAAGAUUAAAUGCGAAAAGAGCCGAAAAAAUGUUGGAAAGAAACUCCAAAAGGCCAGUCAUGAACACAAGUCCUCAGAAUGUAGUAGCGAAGAUUCGGACUCGUCUGUGAGUCCUGUGACGUCACAACAGACACAGCAACAACAGUCGCAACAUCAUCACUUGCCACUACAGGAAAUUAAUCAAGACGAUUUAGCGACAAUCUUGCCACCGCAAGAGCAGGAAGAGCCACCGUUCGACGGUUUUGAAGAUUCCGAGAGCGGUCGGUUGGUUUCAAAGGCGAUCGAGCGCAUGUCGCUCGGUGCGGACUCUGAUACGAGCGAGACCGGCACCGUACCCGUAUACAGUUCCACUUUGUUGCAACAGUUCGUCGAGAAGACCGCUAUGUUGUCGGAACCGCGAAAAAGGCGCAGUAAAUGCGGCAAGAAAGCGAAUAACGAUAACGAAUACACGUGCGUGUCGAAUGUGUCGCCUGAUUCCGGCAUUCAAUCAGUGGAUAACAGUCCGUUACAUUUGGCGAUUAGUCCUGUCAGUCCUCCAGCACCGACCCAAUCCGCAAUUCAACCGUCAAUCGUCACUAAACCGGCGGUAAAUGUUGAUCGAGUUUUGUAUCCUCCUAAACGGAAACCCGGCAGACCGGCAAAACCAGUGUCCACGCAACCGCGCGGACCUGGUAGGCCACGUUUAAAACCGGAAAUCGUCGAGAAGAUACAAAAAAUAGAAAAGGCUGAGAAAGAAAAGUCUUCAAAAACUCCAAAGACUCCCGACAAUCAACCGGUCGAAAAAAAGGAGAAGGAAUCAUCGUCCGCAAAGAGCGUCAAGGAAGAUGCGUCUUCGCCCAGAAAACGAAGCAAUGCAAAGCCCGUUUUGUCGAAGGAAGAGAAGGACGACGCGCCUCCAGCGAACAAAAAGGUAAAAGGUAAACCAACGACGACGUAUCAGAAGAAACGUUUCGGCAAUCCGGUGAAAUCCCCGCAAGACAAGACGUUAGUCAAAAAGGCCAUAGGAACGGCGAGUUCCCCGAUGCGAGUCAAGUGCCUGAGUAGAUCAAUGGCGAGCAAACUUGUUCCGCAAUGCGACGGCAGGAGCUGUAGAAAAGUGAGACAAGACAGAACUUGUGUGUCUACAGUCAAGACCACGGUUCCGUUGACGCGACAGAAGCAGGCGGUGUCCUGCGAUCAUCAGGUUUCCAGCGAUCAGAAGAUACGUGGCGCCGGUAAGAGAACAGGUUCGAAAGAGAACAGAAAUAAUGCGGCGGCCGUUGUAUCCAGGAAACAAAAGAAAACCGCACCCUCGGCAACCAGGCGGAUUUUAAAGGAGAACAAAUGUAACAAAAAAAUCACACCCGGCUUUGAGACUAAUGGCGUGGGCGUGCAGACAUUGAUAUCUUUGCCUGUUAGCGACAUAUUAAAAGCGGAGAAUGUGAGCCGCACAUCCGGCAAGUACGACAAGACGAAAGAGUCGACGCAGCACAAUCAUUGUCACAAACAUCAUCAUCACCAUCAUCACAAGCAUCGCCGAAGACUGCUAGCCCCGCCGAAGAAUCCCAUUCGCAUCGAUCCGUGCAUUCUCCAGGAGCUGGAGAAGUUGGUCGACGAGUUCGCGAAGUCGUGCAGCUUGGGUAGAAACAACGCAAGCGUCAAUCAGUCCGAGCUGCCGCAGAUCUUUCGCGUGAAGAAGCUCACGAAAAAGAGAAAAGGCGGCGGCGGCGGCGGCGGCGGCGAUACCGGAGCAAACGACGAUCAGAAACUGAAGCGACGCUUGAAGAAAGAAAAGAUAUUGGCAAACGCUGACUCCAAGAGUAGCGCGAAUACGAGCACAAGUUCGAAUCCUAACGAGCAGCGGUUGCCACUGAAGAAACGUCACUAUCACGUGUCGAGUCCGCACAGUUCACAGAGCUCGAACGCAAGCUGCACGGACGCAAACGUGAACGAGUCCAAUUCUACGGAGAGCCACAUAGAAGAGGCGAUCGAGGCCACCAUUACGAGAUACGGCGGCGGUAGCGGCGACGGCGGCGGCAGUUCCAAUUCAUCCAUCAACGAGGAGGAAGCUCUGCCGGUAACACCCAAGAAAAGACCGAGGGAUACCGAGAACUCGCUAUCCGAGAAGCAAGGCAGCGAUGAGGAUAAAUCGACGACUGUCCACGCGGAAGUUCAACCGCGCCGAAAGAAGAAGAUCGUCAAGGAUCUUCGUGUUACCAUCACGAAAUUGCUGGCCGAUAAUCACGGUGGUAUCGACAAAUCGGACAAGCCUACGGACAAGAGUUCUAAAGUCACCGCGGAGAAAUCGAGCAAAUCGGAAAAGACAACGGUGGAAAAAUCGGUCAAAGUUGACAAAUCGGACAAUAAAGGAGAUAUCGAACACGUUCGUGCGGAAAAGAGCAUAAAAGUUGACUCGGAGAUGCACGUGUCCGACGUAUCCGACGAUUGUGAGACCGUUGUCGAGAGCAAGACGGCCGAAAUCGGUAAUUCGAGUGUGCCAAAUAUCAUGAACAAUUGCGACACCGCUACGGGAAUUCUCACGAAAAAGAAAGUUCGAAGACGGAAAACUAUCAAUCGCACGGGUUUUCCCACAUUGAAGAAGAAGAAGAAGAAGAUCGUCGAUUCCUCUUCUUCCGGUGUGGCCAAGUCGGCGGCAUUGACAUCUGGAUCCACCAAGGAUCAAAACAUAUCCGACGAUAUCGAGGACAGCAAAGCAUCUUUGAUGACAAAUGACGCUCGGAACACUUUGAUAGAAAAUAACAAUACCAGAGGAAACUGUAAAACAGACGCUAAGAACGCGAACAAUUCCGGUACGGUGCAAGAAACGUCCAGUCGAAGUGGCUCGGACGACGUGACGGAAUCCUGUCCGGGUCAAUUACGCGUUCGCAAGGAUCUCGUUGAGUCGGACAGUAGCGUACUGUCUGAAAAGUUGUACUCGAGUCCGGUUAAAUACGAGAAAAUACCAGAUUGCAGGGUCUACGAUGAAAACACGUCGCUGGUGGUGUCCCUCGAACGUUACAAUCAUAAUCAACGUAUCGCCGAGCUGAACGAGGAAAACUUGAGAAAAUUGGAACGCGCGAACGCUCAAGCGGCGGCGAACGUCAAGAUGGAAUUGUCCGGUUGCUUCAAUAACAAUCACAAGAAACGACGAAGUUCGACCAGUCCUUUCAACACGUCCCUUCACGGAAGAAACGUGAAGAGACUGAGAAACGCGGGCUACGACACGGAGAGCGAAGCGCCACCUAGCAGCGACAUAACCAGCGAGGAUCAAGAGGUCAACAACAAGAAACCGGCCGUUUUAGCGCACAACCGGAAGAAACAGUCGAGGUGGAAGAAGCGGUACUUGCAAACGACGAACAAUAUGUUCUCGGAAUGUAAGAAGGAUCUCGAAUCCAAGAAGACCGUCGAUUCUGAUGCCAAAAGAAAACUUCUUGUCUGUGAUACGCACUAUACGGAGCAAUUGCCCGGUCUUACCGGGAAACUUCUGCGACAGAAAAAAACACCGUUUCAACUACAGUACGAUCUAUUGUGGCUGCACGAUCAGUCGAGACUAUCCGGUCGGGAUCUGGUGCCGUCGUGGAACUACAAAAAAAUUCGGACUAACGUUUAUUACGACGUCAAACCGACCACUCUUUACGAGGCGCAAGCCUGCGAGUGCAAACCGGAGGCCGGUUGCGGUGAUGACUGCAUCAACCGCAUGGUGUUCAGCGAAUGUUCGCCCCAACUAUGUCCGUGCGGUGACAAGUGCGAGAAUCAGAAGAUUCAGAGGCACGAAUGGUCGCCGGGAUUGCAGAGAUUUAUGACGGAGGACAAGGGAUGGGGAGUAAGAACACAACAAGCCAUCAAAUCUGGAGAUUUUAUUCUCGAAUAUGUGGGCGAAGUUGUAUCGGAGAGAGAGUUCAAGUCGCGAAUGGCCACCAGAUACGCCAACGAUACGCAUCACUACUGUUUACAUUUGGACGGUGGUUUGGUAAUCGACGGUCAUCGAAUGGGCGGUGAUGGAAGAUUCGUGAAUCAUUCGUGCGAACCCAAUUGCGAGAUGCAAAAAUGGAGCGUUCUCGGAUUACCGCGUAUGGCGUUAUUCGCGUCUAGGGAUAUUAAACCGGGAGAGGAAUUGACGUAUGAUUACAACUUCGCGCUCUUCAAUCCGUCGGAGGGACAGCAAUGUAGAUGCGGUAGUAACGUCUGCAGAGGUGUUAUAGGUGGAAAAAGUCAGAGGGUGGUGAGGAGCGUUCCCUCGUUGCCGCUACAAGUGGAACUUACCGAGAGAAGAUCGGUAGGUAGACCGCGCAAGAACAUUCGGAAGUCGAACGCGGUACAAGCGGUUAACUCCAAGAGCAUCUGUAAAUCUCGCAAAGUGGGCGAUCCAACUCUAACGCACAAUAUACCGCAGCCAAAACCCAUGUCGUAUCAGCAGCGAUGCUUCGCCCGCGAUCAUCAUUGUUUCUUGCUGAGAAAUCUCGAGAAAGUACGACGGCUUAAGUCGGCAUCGGUGCAACACGUUCAGUUGCAAAACGGGAAAGCAAAGGUCGGCAACGCGACCGCCACGAAGGAGAAAACUUCCGGCGAAUCCAAGGCGCAGUCCGACGCGUUCUACUCGCAGCUAACCGCGCUGACCAACACCAACGCGCGAACCGUACGAACACGUAGACUCGCUCAAGCACAGGACGAUCCGGAAGUACACAAGACUGCAAAACUAGCUAAGGUAUUGAAAGAUUUGUACACAAUUGUCGUAACGGCGAAUGACGAGAACGGUCAGCCGUUGUGCACUCCGUUUAUGACUCUACCUCCCAAAAGAAAAUUGCCAGAUUACUACGAGAAAAUAACAGAACCUAUCGAUCUGAAUACGAUAGAUCAGAGUAUCGGAACUGGUCAUUACAAGACCGCGGAACACUUUGAUCACGAUAUGAUAAAGCUCUUCGACAACAAUGUGAGAUUCUUCGGCAGAACGUCCGAGGUCGGAAUUGCCGCGGCGAGACUUCGGAAGCUGUAUCUGGGAAGUAAACCCGAUUUCGUGGACGCUAUCACAGACGCGAUGGGUUCUCCGCCUUCGCAGGGUUUUCUGCCACCUCGUGGCUCAACUGCCGGAGAGGAAGAUGUAAUCAGAUGUAUUUGCGGACUGCACAGAGACGAAGGUUUAAUGAUUCAGUGCGAGCGAUGUCUCGUUUGGCAACAUUGCGACUGCGUUAAAGCGGACACGAGUGUUGAGUCUUACCUCUGCGAGAGAUGUCAACCUCGUGAGGUCGAUCUGGAAAUUCCGUUGGAAGGCGAAGACGACGAAGAGGACAAGAAGCAUUACGUGACAUUGAUGCGAGGCGACUUGCAGCUUCGGCAAGGCGACACGGUGUACGUUUUGAGAGAUACACCCGACAAACAUACUUACAAAACCAUACAGAAACCCGAUUAUGAGCAAAUGGACAUAUUUAGAAUCGAACGUCUGUGGAAGAAUCGCGAAGGUGAAAAGUUCGUGUUCGGACAUCAUUAUCUGAGGCCACAUGAAACAUAUCACGAACCAACGCGAAAGUUUUACGUGAACGAAGUUGUGUGCGCCCCGUUGUACGAGGCUGUCCCUUGCGAUCUCGUGGCCGAACGAUGUUGGGUGUUAGAUCCUCAUACAUUUUGUAAAGGACGUCCAGUUGGUUCCACACCUGAACAUACUUAUGUGUGCGAAUACCGUGUUGAUCGCGCGGCACGACUGUUCACGAAAGUGGCCAGAGCCAGGCAUGCGGUAUGCACAAAACCUUAUGCAUUUGAAACCUUCCCACAACGUAUAAAGCAUUACCGCACCUAUUUGCCUCAUAGUUUGGAUGGAAUCAAAAUGUCCAAAGACAAAAAGAAACACAAUCACGAAGCAGAUGGAAAUCAAAAGUCAGAAUCUGGCGAUAAUGUGAAAACGCAUAACAAAGAACUUAAAUGUAAUAAUAGAACUAGACACAGGUCGGGCGAACUUUUAACAGUUUCACCGUCUACGUCAACAUCAUACGCUCAGAGAGAAGAACAGAGGAAAAAAUUAAACGUUAUUCUACUUAAUCUACUCCAGAAGAUGCCGAAUAAAAAAGAUCCGUUAGAUUUGUCGUUCCUCUUAGAAAGCAACAGACGAAAUCGCAAAAGACCUGCUGGGCUUAAUCCGUGACCGUAGGUAAUACUAUCACAACGAUAAUAUUAUAGUGUACAUAAUAUAGACUAAUUUAGAAUUUAUAUGUGUACAUACCGUACAGGCAGCGUAAAAUGUAUUUGCUUGUUGAAAAAAAGUUGUAUCUCUCAAUAUGUUAUUGAGACAUUAUUAUGGUUAUAACUUAACACGUGAAAAAGAUACUUUCAUAUCACUGCCUGUACUAUACAUGUAUACAUAUAAAAAUCUUAUAGAUCAAUAGAUUAAAUAGUUACUCCAAUUAUUCUAAACUUUAUGUAUAAAUCGAGAGAUAAAAUUAUACACACCUCCUCUCUGUUAUUCUCAAUGAGAAAAAUUAUGUAAAAGAGAAGAACCUUUCCUUUUCAAUACACUUUGACCCGUCCACUGAUACUGUUACUACAUAGCUACUAUAUCGCUAUAUAGUUACGCAUGCAAGAAUAAAAUCUGUUUAUACUAGAAAAUUCUAUCUUGAUCUUUUUUUUUCUUUCUUUCAACAUUCGUAUUAUAGAAAUGAUUUAUAUAACAUAUAUUACUUGGUUCUCUCUUCCGACCUUUUAAGUAAUAUAAUAAAAAAAUAAAGAUGUGUUGAUUAGCGAUGAUGAAGUACACAGAGAAUUAUGUUGCAGGCAAUGUUUAGAUUUAUUUUAGAAUUGUUAUGUGCAAAUAAAAAACAAAACUUUAUUUACAAUUGGGAGUGUUAUAACCGAGAGGGAAGUUAAACUGAUUCUCUUUUCUAUGAGUGACUAAUACAUUAAUGUAUAAGUGCGACGUCUAAAUUUGUAUAGAGAAAAUUUGUACAUUUUUUUUAUAGAUAUCAUAUAGCUAUAAAUGUACAAAUUACACAUGUCAUAAGAGAAUUGUCAAAAAAAAUAAAAUACAUAUAGGGCGUUACCGUCUCAUUGCAUGAAAGAGAGGACUGCGUAAGAGAAUGCGAAUUAAAGAUCGCGUGUAUACUUGAGUACAUGAGAGAAUGAUGUGCUUUAUAUUGCACAAAAAUAAUAUAUUUUUUCAUAAUCCUACUGUUAUUUGAAUCGAGUGUAACAUACUUUCUUCGCUUUAUAAAAAAAAAAAAAAAAAAAAAAAAAAA